AUGACAAGCAACGUCCUCAAAACUCAAGCCUUGUUGGUUCUCUUCUUAUUGAUGAACUCAGCUUUCAUGGGCUUACAAGCCCGUCCACUGGGUAUCAUUGAGACAGGGAACUCAGCCACAAAAGGGGAAGUGGUUGAUUUCUUUGAUUGGUUAUCUUUGGGAUCAAUCAAGCAAUCUGGGCCAAGCCCAGGUGUGGGACACAAGUUCCCCAACACUGAGACCCUUGGUGGAAUCAAGGACUCGGGUCCAAGUUCGGGUGGGAAGGGUCAUGAAUUCACCAACAGUGAGACCCUUGGCCAAAUUAAGGACUCGGGUCCAAGCCCUGGGCAAGGACACUAA